UGAAAAGCACCAGCAUCCAACUUUUUGUGCCUCUCUGUUUCCCUCUGCAGAGCCUCGCUCUGUUUUGCUUUUCUCCUGCUCCUCGAGGGGGAGAAAACUGGCCCCACGCCGGGCAGUGUUCCGGGCCGAGGCUUGUCCCUCCAGCUCCCCCGGUUCCCCUUUUGCCAUCCGCUCCCUGAGCUCCCCCAGCUCACACCGUGGAGGGGACCUGGGCGCGUCUCCUCCUCCCACCCAAGCCCCGGCUCUUUGUCCGCCGCUGCCUCUCGCCCCGGCUCCUGCCCGGCCCGUCCUUCCGUGCGGACGAGGCGGCUCCCGGAUGGCGGCUCCACCCGCAGCUCCGGCCCCCGAUCACCCUGCCCGGCGCGCGAGGGUACCAAGGAAGAUAACGAAGGGUCGAAAUAAUGAAUGACUCGAUGGAACGAACUAGCAUCCAGAAUUCUGCAAGAAACUAGGGAGUCUCAUGUGCUUGCUUGCUAGGAAGAGCAGAAAUGGGUUAAAACAACAUUGUCACCGUUAAUUGUUGGCAGCAGAUUAAUACUGUGCCGGGGUCGCAUUACUAAACCAACCAGGAUACAGAUAUACAAGGCAAACUAAAGGUUUCAACCGCUAUUCAGCGCCUCCUCAUUUGUCCCGGAGCCCUAACAGUGGUGCCUUUUCUUUCCUGGAUGCUUUUCCCUGCUUCUGGAGCAGCAGUUAUGGUAGAAGCAGAUGGCUACUGAUUGGGGGCUUUCACCUAUGGCUGCGGUGUACCAAGCGGAUCUGAGUUGGCUUCCCGAAGGGACAAAGCCAUGUGAGAGCUCAGGGAUUCUCCUCGCCCCAGUGCGGAGAGGUCAGCGACAAAGCAGGGCGCUGUCCCAUCAGAACCAUCCUGCUCUGCCUCCCAUCUGCGAGGGAUGCAGGGAGCCGCAGGGCUUUAAACAUCCAGAGAAUACCUCCCCAGCAAGGGAUCUUUGCUGAAUGAACAAGAGGAGGACAAAUUCUGCAACUGCACGGGGCCCAAAGCCAGGGAGUGGAUUGUAAAUGCAGCGAGAUACUUGCAAACAGAGCACCCAGGACAGCAGCCCUACCCUUUCCCACUGCCAUGGAAAUACACUGAUACAAUAGACACUGGGGGGAACACGGAGAGCAGCCCAUCCUUGGCCACUUUCGGGUUUCCUGGCGUUUGGGAUUAUAUUCUGACCUGAUUCCUGUGAUGGAGGACACCGGCGUUCAAAGGGGUAUAUGGGAUGGAGACGCCAAGGCAGUCCAGCAAUGUUUGACGGAUAUUUUCACCAGUGUUUACACCACCUGCGAUAUCCCGGAAAAUGCGAUCUUCGGCCCUUGUGUAUUGAGCCACACUUCUUUGUAUGACAGCAUCGCUUUCAUAGCGCUUAAAUCCACUGACAAGAGAACCGUCCCUUAUAUAUUCCGGGUGGACACUUCCGCAGCAAAUGGCUCCUCCGAAGGGCUAAUGUGGCUCCGUCUGGUCCAGUCAGCCAGAGAUAAAGAAGAACAGAACCUAGAAGCUUACAUCAAAAACGGACAAUUGUUUUAUCGGUCCCUUCGCAGGAUUGCCAAAGACGAGGAGUUAUUAGUUUGGUAUGGGAAAGAACUGACGGAAUUACUGUUGCUCACCACCGCCAGAUCCCACAGCAAGAUGAAUGGGUCGCCCCCGUACGCUUGCCUGGAGUGCAGCCAGCGUUUCCAGUUCGAGUUCCCCUACGCGGCCCACCUGCGGUUCCGCUGCCCCAAGAGACUGCCCAGCUCGGAGCCCAGCCCCGCCGAGGAGCCGCGCGGCAAGGACAGCGGCAAGGAGCCGGCGGCCAGCCUGGGGCCCGGGCCCAACAAGUACAGCAAGCCCGGCGGGCCGCUCCACCCGCACUACCCCGGCCCCGCCCAGGACAGCAGCAACGCCAAACCCUCCACGGACUUCCACAACCUGGCCCGCGAGCUGGAGAACUCCCGGGCCGGCGGCAGCUCGCCCAGCCGCAGCCCGCACCCCGCGCCCGGCGCGGGCAGCAAAGCCAAGCGGAAAUACCCGGAGGAGCCGGGCGAGGAGCGGGGCCAGGGGGCCGGCAGGGGGCGCCUGCCCUCCUCCCCCAAGGAGGACCUGGUGUGCACCCCGCAGCAGCAGUACCGGCCCGCGGGCAGCUACUUCGGCCUGGAGGAGAGCGGCCGCCUCUUCGGGCCGCCCAGCCCGGAGACGGGCGAGGCCAAGCGCAGCGCCUUCGUGGAGGUGAAGAAAGCCUCGCGCGGGCUGGAGGCCGAGGCGGCGGCGGCGGAGGAGGCGGCGGAGCAGCAGCAGCAGCGCGCCUCGCCCGCCGGCGCCGGGGACCCGCUGCUGGGCGCCCGGCCGGGCGGGCCGCUCUCCGGGGGCAGCCCGGCGCGGGGCAGCGCCUUCACCACGGUGCCGCAGCUGGGCGGCAAGGCGGAGGAGCGGAAAAGCGCCUUCUCCCAGCCCGCCCGCUCCGCCUUCCCGCCGCACGUGGCGCCGCUGGGGCUGGCCCCGAAGCUGGGCAGCCUGGGCGAGCCCUGCCCGGAGGCCGCCGCCCGCCUCUACCCGCCCGACCCGCUGGCCGCCAAGCUGCCCGGCGGCGCCGAGCUGCCCGGCGCCGGCGGGGCGCCCAAGCAGAGCCCCUUCCUCUACGCCACCGCCUUCUGGCCCAAGAGCUCGGUGGCGGCGGCGGCGGCCGGGCCGCUCCAGCUGCAGCUGCCCUCGGCCCUGACCCUGCUGCCGCCCUCCUUCACCUCGCUGUGCCUGCCGGCCCAGAACUGGUGCGCCAAGUGCAACGCCUCCUUCCGCAUGACUUCCGACCUGGUGUACCACAUGCGCUCGCACCACAAGAAGGAGUACGCCAUGGAGCCGCUGGUCAAGCGCCGCCGCGAGGAGAAGCUCAAGUGCCCCAUCUGCAACGAGUCCUUCCGCGAGCGCCACCACCUCUCCCGGCACAUGACCUCCCACAACUGAAUGGGGACGUGUGUGGGGGGCUCCCCCGUGUAUAGUGACAGGGCCACACACACCCUCCCAGCAGCCAAACGGUCCCCCCCUGGCCCGCCUCUGCCCAUGGCUGGGGGCCUUUUCCAGGGCAGUCACAGCAAGGGUGGGGGGAUUUGAUCCCCGCGGGCCUACCUUUUCCAAGCUGAUUUGGGGUGUUUCAGAGACAAGGUGGGUGAGGUGCUAUCUUUGAUCUGCUGGGGAGAGAGGGGAGCUUACCUAGGGUGACCAGAUAGAAAGUGUGAAAAAUCGAGACUGGGUGGGGGGAAAUAGGU